AUGCUUAUCAUGAGAUACCUCAAUGCUGCUUCCCUUGUCAUUCUCAUGUCGGCCUUUGUCCAUUCUAGCCCCCUGGAAUCGAUUGAGAGACGUUCUUUCGUUGACCCAAUCAAGCAUGGUAACUAUGGAAGAUCUCUGGGCAAGAUAUAUAGAUACCAUGAAGUUUCAGACGGCUUGUUUGCUGGCGUUACACCUGAGGAUUGGGAUGACACUGUUCACAUCAAGGGUGCCUGGUUGGCUAAGCGUUCAGAAAACAAUGAGCCUCCUCCUUCCCUUGAAGUGAAUCUCUUCAACCGAGAUAUCUCUUCUGCCUGCGCCACUGGAUUAGCAUGCGCCAAGGCCGCCGCACAGGUUCUUGGAUCACCUCUGUAUCAGCUCGGCCAGUAUCUUCUCAACAAGGUCAGAGAAUACGGUCCCCAGGUACUGGACACCUUGAACCGGCCAUUCUGGGCAAACUUUGCCGGCGUAGGUGGACAGAAUUUUGUCGUCACGGGCAUUUUCAAACUUAUUGAGAAGAAGUCGGAUAACCCCCCUCCAGUGGAACAGUGUUCGUUGGAUUACUGUCAAGUAGAUCUGAUGACCCAGAUGGUUGCAAUGGCUUGCUCGUCGAAUCCGGAGAGGAGGGCAUUCUCGCAGUCGAUUACGUUGCCUGAUGGGUCGGUUUAUGAACUGAACAUGGCUGCGGCGCCUGGACAGACCUUGUCUGACUCUGAUGUUUGUGACGCCCCAAACACAGGAAGCUAG